AUGAGCACAUCGUCACUGAAGAAGAGUGCUGUACGUGGUUUUAAAGGCGUUCUUGGGCAGGGGUGUCAUUUGGCACUUCGCGGCUGUCCGGGCGUGCGCCUGCAGCGAAGGUGCGCGUUCUCGUACCCGUCACCACGAGAACUCAACCAAGUUGUGCACUUGGCCAAGUUCGUGCGAGAGACGCCUGCUAACUGUGUCAGUUUAUGGAGUUUGCACCACAGUACGAAACCUACGAUGCUCGGUUGCGCCUUAUCUGCGACUGAAUACGUAGCAUUCGCACAGCGAGCAAGCAAGUAUCCGUGGUUCGUAUUCCCACUGCUUCGCGCUGCUGACGGCAACUCGUACGUAUCCAUGCUUUGCCAGGUUCAGGACUCGCGAUAUGUGCUCUUCACCUACCUGCAGGAGUAUCGAGAGCAUGCUGCAACAGCACAGCCACGGGUUGUAUUCACCGUUUAUCCAGAACUUGUAGCCGAGAAACAGUUGGCACUUGUGCGCCUUGAAAACCUCCAUGAAGGCCAGCUAGAAAAAGCGGAUCUCUGGCGACUCUGGUGCCAGUGGCGGCAUUUGUAUGCGGCGGCGGACACUGCUGGUCUGCAGCUCCUGGCGGACUUCAAUGAGCGACCACGAGUGUUCCGCUUCGAAAAGGCUCUGGAAGUGGCUUGUAAGUUGUACGCCGAGCGCGAGUGA